AUGGCCAGACCAGAGCCUUGGGUGCGAGGGAGCGUAUGUAAUCCGAUUGAUCAGACGUCAUCGGUAAAUCAAUCCGAUCAAAACCAGCAGAUUACGGCGCAAAAUCGAGGACGAUCUGUAGAAACUCGAGACAAAUCCAGAGGCCGUCAGAAAAUGUGUACUGGAGAAAAAUUGCAAUCUACGCCCUCUGAACGAAGGAGUGCGAGUAUUCCAAUUAAUCAGGCGUCAUCAUUGGAUCAACCGUCAAGGAACCAGCAGUUCACCGCGCAAAGUCAAGAACCAUCUGCGCAAACUCAGUACCGACCCACGCAAGGUCAAAAUAUGUGCGUAGCAGAGCGAUUGCCAUCAUCAGUAGGUCAUCUAACAUCUUCAAACAAUGCCCUGACUCCUGCUGUGAAUCAGCAAGCGCAUACGGAGAUUAACGAAGGAACCGCUGAUGACUUGAAGGAAUUUCAUGAAAGAACAGCCAUGAAAUUACAGCCGCUGGUUACGGUAGAGCUGUUUCAUAUACUCGCUCGCUAA